AUGGCGACGACGACGACGAACGCGACACAAUCACAGUCACCGCAACCGCCAUUACCGUCGGCGGAAGAAUCAGCGUCGAAAGCGUUACAGAAGCGAUACGAAGGAUUGAUGAUGGUAAGAACAAAAGCAGUAAAAGGCAAAGGCGCGUGGUACUGGUCUCAUCUCGAACCAAUCUUACUACACAACACCGACACCGGACUUCCCAAAGCCGUCAAGCUCCGUUGCUCCUUAUGCGACGCCGUUUUCUCCGCCUCCAACCCUUCCCGCACCGCCUCCGAGCAUCUCAAACGCGGGACCUGCCCCAAUUUCAACUCUUUGCCUAAACCCAUCUCCACAAUCUCUCCUUCCCCUCCUCCUCCGCCUCCUCCUCCGCCGUCGUCGAAUCGAAAACGCAAUUCCUCCGGCGGAGCUUCCGUCGAGCCGCUGAAUCAUCACCACCCACCAGGGUCUUACCACGUGACGCCUCUCUCCGUCGUUGAUCCGUCGCGAUUCUGCGGGCAGUUUCAGGCGACUCAUCAGCCGCAUUUGAUGCUUUCCGGCGGAAAAGACGAUUUGGGUCCUUUAGCGAUGCUUGAAGACAGUGUGAAGAAGCUCAAAAGCCCCAAAACUUCACAAACGCAGAAUCUAAGCAAAAUCCAGAUAUCGUCGGCGUUAGAUUCUCUCUCCGAUUGGGUGUUCGAAUCUUGCGGCUCUGUUUCUCUCUCCGGCCUCGAGCAUCCAAAGCUGAGAGCUUUUUUAACUCAAGUCGGUUUACCGAUCAUCUCGAGGAGAGAUUUCGUCGCCGGAAGAUUGGAUUCGAAGUACGAGGACUCGAGAGCGGAAGCCGAGUCGAGAAUCCACGACGCAAUGUUCUUCCAAAUCGCCUCCGACGGAUGGAAAUCCGAAACCUCCGGCGGCGAGGAGAAUCUCGUCAGCCUGAUCGUGAAUCUCCCCAACGGGACGAGUCUGUACAGACGAGCCGUGUUCGUCAACGGAGCCGUGCCGUCGAACUACGCGGAGGAAGUUCUGUCGGAGACGGUGAGGGGUAUUUGCGGGAAUUCACCACAGAGGUGCGUUGGGAUUGUCUCCGAUAGGUUUAUGAGUAAAGCGUUGAGGAGCCUCGAGAGCCAGCACCAGUGGAUGGUGAAUCUCUCUUGCCAGUUUCAAGGAUUCAACAGUCUGAUUCAAGAUUUCAUCAAAGAGCUUCCUCUGUUCAAGUCCGUCUCUCAGAGCUGCUCGAGGCUCGUCGGUUUCGUCAACAGCACGGCGGAGAUCCGAAACGCGGUUUGUAAGUAUCAAGGAGAGACGAGAAUGCUGCUGCAUUUGCCUUUAGAAUGUUCAAAGUUUGAGCCUUUGUAUAAUCUCAUCGAGGAUGUGCUUAAUUCGGCUAGAGCGAUUCAGCUUGUGAUGCAUGAUCACAUGGAAGAUCAUAUGGCUAGAGAGAUCGGUGAGAUGGUUGGAGACGCCGGGUUUUGGAACGAGGUGGAGGCGGUUUAUUCUUUGUUGAAGCUUGUUAAGGAGAUGGUGAGGAGGAUAGAGGAGGAGAGGCCUUUGGUGGGGCAGUGUUUGCCGCUUUGGGAUGAGCUAAGAUCGAAGAUAAAAGAUUGGUAUGCGAAGUUUAACGUUGUUGAAGAGAGGCAAGUGGAGAAGCUUGUUGAGAGGAGGUUCAAGAAGUGUUAUCACCCGGCUUGGGCGGCGGCGUUUAUACUUGACCCGCUCUACUUGAUAAGAGACAGCACCGGGAAGUAUCUACCUCCGUUCAAGUGCUUGACGCCGGAGCAAGAGAAAGAUGUUGACAAGUUGAUCACAAGGCUUGUGUCUAGAGACGAGGCGCAUAUUGCUAUGAUGGAGCUUAUGAAAUGGAGAACGGAAGGGCUUGAUCCGGUUUACGCUAGAGCGGUUCAAAUGAAGGAGAGGGAUCCGGUUUCGGGGAAAAUGCGGAUCGCUAACCCGCAAAGCAGUAGGCUUGUUUGGGAGACUUACCUUAGUGAGUUUAGGUCGUUGGGGAGAGUUGCUGUUAGGUUGAUUUUCCUUCAUGCCACUUCUUGUGGGUUCAAAUGCAAUGCCUCUCUUUUGAGAUGGGUUAAUGCGAAUGGGCGAUCGCGCGCUGCGAUUGAUCGGGCUCAGAAGCUGAUAUUUAUAUCGGCGAAUUCGAAAUUCGAAAGGCGGGAUUUUUCUAACGAUGAAGAGAGGGAUGCAGAGCUUCUUGCUAUGGCUAAUGGUGAAGAUGAUGUGCUAAAUGAUGUUCUCAUUGAUACUUCUUCAGUGUGA